ACUAGCGUCGGUUCCGAAGUUAUGAACGAGGAAAAUGGCGAACUUGAAGUUAUGGAGGAGAUCAGUCCGAACCAUGUCGAUCUAACCUUAAUUAGCCUUAUAUCCAAACUCCCAACACCAGCUACCGUACCUCUUCUCGUGGUGAAAUCAGAUCCAGUUAAUAGCGGUCUCAUGGAUCUGAAUGCUUCCUCAAAGAGUGCUAACCAACAUGACACUAAAUCGGGAAGCACAUUUGAAGCUAAAAAGUAUCCAGACAAAUUCGGUGUGAACAAAGAAAAGAUCGUAAAGAAGCGAGCUACCUUCUCCUUCCCAGCGCGAAGGAAACGGAUUUUCGCGGUUGAUGGCAAGAAACGAAAGGAGUUGCCAGCCCCGACUAUAUGGUUGCACAGAGAGGCUUAA